AUGGCGGUGGACCGACGGAAGGUCGCGGUGUUUGGCGCGGCCUUUGUGCUGCGUCUACUUCUCAUUUGUUUUUUCCCUUCGCUCCCCGACUUGCUGACUGGCCGAGUCGAGGUCUCGACCCCGGUAAAUAGCUUCAAGCGACUGCAAGAAGGCCUUUACCUCUACACCCGCAAUGUGUCGCCGUACGACGGUGGCGUCUUUCACCAGGCGCCGCUCCUCCUCCCCCUGUUCUCCCUGCUACCCGACGUUAAGAGCAACCCAGUGCCUACGGCGGUAUUCUAUUUUCUUGUCGAUUUGUUGAACGCGCAGGCGUUGGCCACCAUCUCGGAGUCGGGCCAGUCAGUCCAGAGCCGGCUACACUCCGCCAUUCGGAAGCAUAUUCGGUGGGACGGGGUAUCCGUGGCGGCGUGGUUCCUCUUCAACCCUUUCACGAUUGCGACAUGUUUGGCGCGGCCAACAAGCGUGUUCACCACCUCGGGAAUCCUUUUCGCCGUCUCGAAUGCCGUCGAUGGCAAUAGCUUGAACGCAAUGCUCGCUCUGGGAUUCGCCUCUUACCUUUCUCUCUAUCCAGCCCUGUUGUUCGUCCCGUUAGCUCUGCUCUGCUAUGACCAACGGGUCCAGAAAUGCCCCCAGGCGCCCAGCACUGUGGUUUUCAUCUUGCAACAUGGUGCCAUUCUGUUUGGCAGCAUUGCAGGGCUACUUGGCCUCUCUGUCCUUAUCACGGGGAAUUUUUGGGAGUUCAUGUCGGCCACGUAUGGCUUCCAUCUUCUGGUUCCUGACCUAACCCCCAAUGUGGGUCUCUGGUGGUACUUCUUCAUUGAGAUGUUCGACUCCUUCCGCGGAUUCUUCCUCGGGGUCUUCUGGCUUCAUCUAGCCAGCUAUGUCGGUGGAUUUACUGCGCGACUGCGACGACAGCCUCUAUUCAUCAUCACCGCCAUUCUGGGCGUCUUUGCCAUUUUCAAACCGUACCCCAGUAUUUCUGAUGCUUCGCUAUACUUUGCGCUGCUGCCAUUGUAUCGGCAUCUUUCCCCCUUGAUGCGGUACACUUUCUUCGCCAUCUCGGCUCUUCUCUACUCGAGUCUGCUAGGCCCUGCCUUCUACCACCUCUGGAUCUAUGCUGGAUCCGGUAACGCCAAUUUCUUCUAUGCCAUCACUCUUGUCUGGAGCCUGGGGCUUUCCAUUCUCCUGGCGGACAGUAUCUUCGCUGCUCUCAGAGACGAGUGGGAGCAGGAUCACCCUGAAGCCAAGGGCCAGGAAGUGAAACAAGUGUAA